GGUGGGAUAGGGACCAGCCAGCACAGCACGGUAAUAGGCGCGGAGGAGUUUUGUUCUUCUUUUCUUUUCUUCUUCCUUUUUUUCUUUUCUCCAACAUUUGCAAGAUGUGCGCACAGCUAGCUCUUUUUUGCGCAUUGAUGAGCGAGCAGCAGCGAUGCCAGCCAACAGGGGGUUGGGGAGGGGAGGGGGCAGGAUGGGAGAAGGCUAGCAUACCCACAUACCUAAGGUUUAUUGACUUUGGGCUUUGGGGGGCUGGGGUCGCGUUACUUACAUAUCGCUUGCGUUUGUUGCAGUGGGCAUUUUCGAGGAGCGUUGGGGCAGACGGCUGCAUUGCUUCACAGCACAGCACAACACAGGCACUUAUAUAAGCGCAAACAUAAAUAUACUUCACCAAGACCAUGGAAUGGAUGGAAUAAUGGACUUCCGUCACCGUCAAACAAGGAAUUGACUCUCCCACGGCGUAGAAAACGGAAAUCUAGUUA